CAGGUUUAAUAUAUAUAUUACCUCACACCUCUGAUGCAGCAUGAAACCAGCCCAUUUAAAUGUCAGGUAACAUUUCAAUCUCCACGUGGAAGAUACUAUUUUCACUCAGUGAAAGGUUUGAUUGUUUACUCCUUUAAUCUGAACACAACAAAACAACUGUUUAGUACUUGAGCAAACUGAUUCCUAUUCUAAAGAUAAAACAGCCGACUCAAGGGAGGAUCUCAGCACCCCCUAUCAUGAUGGUGGAAAAUUCCAUCCCCAAGGCCUGAUAUUUUACCCCAUGGUCAUAUGCUGGUAAAAGUUGAUAAGUAACUUAAAAUUUGCAUAGCAACAUGAUAAUUAUAUUCUUAAUGUUAAACUUUGAGUAUUUUGACAAGCUUCUUUUCUCAGGAAUUAACUGCAAAUUAACUGGUGUAUUUUUAUUGAUUAACACCAUUUGUAUUUUACUUGCUGUAUGCAAAGUUAAAUGAAUUUCCCAAAGAAGUGAAUUAUUACUGGUGAGUGCCCCAGACCUGAACUUCCUGUCUUUGCUCCCCCAUAAAUUUUGAACAUUCCUUGGCCAAGAAUCUGAUGAUCCUGGAACAACCAAUAGAGUGGAGCAGCCUGUACAUAAUUAAUGUAUGCUGAUUUGAACAUGCAGCCAUUACCUCCACUCCAUUGCCUAACACCUAACUUAAUCAAUGAAAUAUAAAUAGGAUAUUCAUUGCACAAUCUAAAGAUCAUCAAUAGUCAUGAUCAAUUUUUUUUGGUUGUAAUUUGAGAACGAAUGUGGAUGAAAAGAAGUAGGAAGAUUGACUUUUUAUUGAUUUUUCCAUCUGUUUCUCCCUGAGAGGGGUUGGCCAGCACUGAUCCCUUUUACUUCUGUAGAGCUGCACUGUUUUCAUGUGUAUCAGCUGCCCAAGAUUCCAAAGUUUAGCAGGACUCAAUCAACCAAGUCAAAAGGACCCUGGCUAUCUUACAUGCAUAUGCAUCAGUGUGACAAGAAUCUACGCGCUGUCAUAUAAACUGAGGCGAGCUUUCCUGGCGGUCACUUUCUCCGCUUUCAGUCAAGGGGUGUGGUGAGCCGGUGGCGAGUCUGUAAUGCUGAGUGCCUUGCUGCUGUGAAAAAAUAAAACCAUGCCUACCAGUGCCAUAACCAUGCUUCCCCUGGCAUCCACGUGGUCAGGGGACUGGCUCUAUGUUGUGACUAUCUUGGCACUGCUGCAUUAUUAUCGGGACACAUUCAGGGACAACAACAUGCAGUGGAACAAGGCACUGAAAUACCUUCACUCUCAGUCACUGAAGCGGCUACAGAGAAGACUUCCCAACAGACUUCAGAGGAAGCACUGCCACCGUCACCAUCAUCAACAUCACCACAACCACAGAGUCCCCGGGACCAAAGAAUUGCAGCACUUACAGAAAACUUGGCAUCACAAGCCAGCACACCCUCACACCAGAGGGAAGAAAAAGGAACAGCUCAGACGUCUAAAUAGAGGGGUAAACCUUUACCGUAAGAUGCCACUGAAGUUUGUCUCUCGCCUUUGGGGUAAAGUGAACAGCUUUGACCUGCCAGUUUUCAUGAGGACCCCAAUGUACAAAUUCUACUCCUGGUCAUUUAACUGCAAUCUAGAGGAGGCAGCUAUACAGGACCUGAAGCACUACAAAAACUUGAGCGAGUUCUUCAGGCGCAAACUCAAACCAGAAGUGCGACCAAUAGAUCAGUCUCAUAGUAUAACAAGUCCAGCAGAUGGAAGAAUUCUUCAUUUUGGCAAAGUAGAAAAUAGUAUAGUAGAACAGGUGAAGGGGGUCACAUACUCCCUGCAGGGGUUCCUUGGACCACCCACCUGGAUGACAUCGCAGGGAACAGAGACAGCAGAGUCGGCCCCUCACACCAACAAUCCCACUAUAUCAGAUGUGGAGUAUCACAAAAAGCUGCUGAAGAACCCAGAGAAUGAACUGUAUCAUUGUAUCAUCUACCUGGCCCCAGGCGAUUACCACAGGUUCCACUCACCUGCUAGCUGGUGUGUCAGAUAUAGGAGACAUUUCCCAGGAGAGCUGUUAAGUGUCAACCCAGGAGUGGCCCGCUGGAUUCAGGGACUCUUCAACUUCAAUGAGCGGGCAGUGUACUAUGGAGACUGGGAGAAUGGGUUCUUUUCCCUAACAGCUGUAGGGGCCACCAAUGUUGGUUCCAUACACAUCAACUUUGACAGGGACCUAGCAACAAACUGUGGCUGCCAGUGGCCAGAGGGAACAUACUUUGACAAAGCCUUUGAAACUGGAAUUGACGUCAGAAAGGGAGAGAACUUUGGAGAAUUCAACCUGGGGUCAACAAUCGUGCUGAUAUUUGAAGCCCCUAAGAACUUUAAUUUCAAGAUUCAGGGUGGACAAAAGAUCCGUUUUGGGCAGCCAAUGGGCUGUUACAGGACUUCUGAGAAUACGACAGAGUCAGAAAAUCUGUAGUUCUUUUUCUAACUGAAAGCAUUGUUUGUGUCUGUGUACGUUCAUACAUGAAGUGCACCCUCAUUGUCAAGUAAAGUUCAUUCUGUAAAGAUGGGGUGAUGGGAAAGCUUUCGGCUAGCUAUAAUAGGAUGAUAGGGGUUAGACUGUUGCCUUACAGAGAUGCAAUGGUCAGUCAGUGUUAAAUGACCUAUCUGGUAAAGAAUUGUUGAACU